AUGUCUUCUAUAAUCCAAUUCAUUCAUUCUCAGGUCUUCACCGAAGUACCAUUGCCCACCAAGAAGUUUACGGGCCAGACUAUCAUCGUAACCGGCUCAAAUACUGGCCUGGGUUUCGAAGCGGCAAAACAUCUAGUGCGCCUUGAAGCUUCGAGGGUCAUUCUUGCUGUCAGAAGCCUCUCAAAAGGUCAUGCAGCCACUGCCUUGAUCGAGGAGUCAACCGGGAGAAAGGGCGUCGUGGAGGUGUGGGAAUUGGAUCUCGCCUCUUACGCGAGUGUUAAGGAGUUUGCCAACCGCGUCAAUGGCCUCGAACGACUCGAUGUACUCAUCAACAACGCCGGAGUCAUGACCUACGACUUCAUCCUCGCGGGAAAGGACGACAUGAUGAUGACAGUCAAUGUUGUCAGUCCUGUGCUUCUUACAUUGCUGCUUCUACCCAAGAUGAGGGAAACCUCCUUGGCUCAUGAUAGGGACUCUGUCAUCACUUUUGUUGGCUCUCUUGGUCAUUCCCAGGUUGACCUUGUUGACAGUCAGAACAAACGCAUUUUCGAGGCCCUGGCGGUAGAAGAGACGGCGCGUAUGGCUGACAGAUACAACAUUUCGAAGUUAAUUCUCCUGCAGCUCGCGAGAGAGCUAGCCAACAAGGUCACGGAAUCCAACAAGCCAGGCAACGUCAUCGUCUCUGUGCUCAACCCGGGUGUAUCUGAUACCGAGAUAUCGAGGCAUGUAACCUGGCUGCACGGCAAGAUUCUGAAAAUGGUCUUCGCGAUAAUCGGGAGAACACCGGAGGAAGCAAGCCGCACGCUCGUGUUGGCCGCAGAAGGCGCUCAAGAGACCCAUGGCCAGUAUCUUGACGACGGCAAAGUUGGCAAGCCUUCGGAGUUUGUUCUGAGUCAAGAGGGUGCCAGAGUUCAGCAGCAGUUGUGGUAUGAGCUGCUGGAGAAAUUGGACGAGGUGUCUCCUGGCAUUGCGAACUUAAUUUGA